AGCGCUUAUUGUUUUUGAUACUCCUUGCGGAGCGGGCAUAUCGCGAAUAAUAAACCAAAGUAUUAAAAUUCGCUCAAACUAAAUAUAAUAUUUGUUUGAUUCUAGUUCAUUGUAACAGUAAUUAAAAUGACAGAUCAGCGUAAGGAGAAAUCAUACGAUGUUCGAUUAAAUGAAGACGAGCCACGCAGAAAUAAGGCACGAGGUCGGCAUUCCUUAAGGCAAGGAUCGUCACCUGAAAGUCGAUCUGCGCGUUUGCUGCCGCCGAUUGUUAUUUCGAGUGAAUUUAAUAGUCAACGAGAAACUUGUACGUCAUCAAAGUCCCCUACGUUGGAAUCCAAGCAUUGGUCGCGUUACCACAGAGGAAUGUCCGCAAAAGACUUUUCUGUUGUGAACAGUGCCGAUAUCAAGAUGGAAAAAAAAUCAAAGAGACUCGGGAAACAUUCAACAAAAGACAUCGAAGUUGAUAUAAUAGAUUAUCUUGACCGAAACCGUGAUUUUCUGGAGGCUUAUAUCAUUGACAGCGUUCCUAUAAACCAGGUCGAACGGUGGUUGGUAAAGAAAAUGACCAGGGAUAUAGAAAACAAACCAUUCCUGAGUGAUAAAUGUCUGGUAAGACAUGGACAUAAAAAAAAGAUAACAAAAAAAGAAAUAUUUAUGGAAUUAGUCAAUAAAUUAAAUGGAGAUACAAAUGAACAUUCUAUUACAUUAGAGCUUGCUCGCUUUAUGAGUUUUUCUGUGGGCGUUGACGCGUAUAGAGUUUACAAACUAUACCCUGAUCAUCCUACUUUUGUGCAGUAUUUUGAAUUUGAUUCUACCUCAGAUCUUCUUACUUCAACAAAAUUGGCUAGAGCAGAGAACGAUAAGAUUCAAUGUGUACUCGAGGUGGCGAAAAACGGAGCUUGUUUAGUUUUGUCAAAAAAAGAUACUCUCUCAUUUCCAAAAAUGUCAAAUACUUUGUUUCGCACCUUCGACAUAAAAAAUGAGAAUGAAGCCAAUCAUGUUCUGUACCAGCCAAUUUUAACAGCCAAUGGGAAAACAGCAUAUGUCAUAGAAAUGUGGCGACUUAAGGACAAAUUUGAAAAUAAAGAUGAAAAAAUCAGUUCUGACUUUGUUGUUUGGGGAAGUUUAAUUUUACAUUACUGUAACCUAUACUUGGACAAGAAAAGUGAACGCAAUAUGUCCGAUUUUUUAUUGGACGUUGUUAAAGCAAUAUUCGAAGAAAUGGUAUCACUUGAUCAAUUAAUUAAAAGAAUAUUGGAAUUUGCUCAAAGACUUGUAAAUGCAGACAGAGCAUCUCUGUUUCUAGUGGAUUAUAGUAACUUUGAAUUAGUUUCUACCGUUUUCGACUUAAAAUUUGAGCCCGGACAAGGUAGAGAUAUGGAAAAGAAAGAGAUACGAAUGCCUAUCAAUCGUGGUAUCGCUGGCCAUGUGGCAUUGUCUGGAGAAACUAUGAAUAUACCAGACGCAUAUUCAGACUACAGGUUUAAUAGAGAGGUGGACGAAGCGACCGGGUACAAAACAAUAAGCAUUUUAUGUAUGCCUGUUAAAGUUCAGGGGAAGGUAAUAGGCGUAGUGCAGAUGGUUAACAAGCGCAACAACGACAACUUUGAUCACGAAGACGAAGUCGCCUUUGAAAUAUUUUCUACGUUUUUUGGACUAGCUCUGCAUCACGCUAGACUUUAUGAUAAAAUAAUGAGGAAAGAGCAAAAAUAUAGAGUGGCCUUAGAAGUAUUAAGUUAUCACAAUACAUGUAGAGAACAUGAAGUUCAAGAGAUUCUUACCGAUAAUAAACAGCUAGUGGCCAAUAUUUACGACUUCUAUUUAGACCCAUACCAAUUAGAUGAUUUUCAAAAAUGUAAAGCAGUCAUAACAAUGUUUGAUGACCUCUUCGAACUCUCUAAAUUUGAUUUCGAAACUAUUACUAGAUUUAUAUUAACAGUUAAAAAAAACUAUAGAACCGUCCCAUACCAUAAUUUUGACCAUGGGUGGUCAGUCGCUCAUGCUAUGUAUGUAAUAUUAAAAAGUGAUAACCGGAAACGUUUUGAUUAUAAAAUGCGUUUAGCAUUGUUUGUAGCUUGUCUUUGUCACGAUCUGGAUCAUAGGGGCUAUACAAAUAAGUACAUGAAUGAGACGGCCUCUCCUUUAGCGGCUAUGUACACCACGUCGCCUUUGGAACAUCAUCAUUUCAAUAUAACUGUUACUAUUUUACAGCAGGAUGGGCACAAUAUCUUUUCUCAUUUAACCAGUGACGAAUACAAGGAUAUUUUGCGCUACAUAAGGCACUGUAUUUUGGCUACAGACCUUGCAGCAUUCUUUCCCAAUUUAGCGAAGCUAAAAGAAAUUUAUGGAACGAGCUCACAAAACUCAAAGUUUAACUGGACAGUUCCUGGUCACAGAGAUUUAGCCAUGGCAAUUUCAAUGACAGCAGCUGAUUUGUCGGCGUCUACUAAACCUUGGGAUAUACAGAUUAAAACCGUUAAAGUUAUUUUCGAGGAGUUUUAUGACCAGGGCGAUAAAGAAAGGGCUGCUGGUAAAACUCCAAUACCAAUGAUGGAUAGAAACAAACCGGAAGAACAACCAUCAAGUCAGGUUGGUUUUCUAAGUCAAAUAUGCAUACCAUGCUACAAUAUGUUGUAUAAAAUUCUCCCGAAAACUAAACCUAUGUACGUUAUGUCGUUGAGAAAUCUUAAAAAUUGGAAAUCGAAGGUUAUUGUUAAGGACAAAGACGAAUCUUCAAAUGAGGACGAUACUUUAGAUUUCGAAACUGAAUCAGACUUAGACGAAGAUGACUGUGAAGAAUUAUUAGAAGAAGCAGAUAUUCAAGCUAAAGACAACAUGGAAAAUAAGGAAAUACUUAAAAUUGGUCACGACAUACAAGAAAUUCAUGACGAUGACGAAGAAAUACAUAUUCAGGAAAUUAGUGGUGAAAUGAGAGCUGGAUGGAAGUGUAUCAAAUCUGAUUCAGUAUCAUGGGAGGAUGAUCAAGUUGUUACUGAUAAUGUCGACACAAAAACUGCUAGUAUUUGGAAAGAUAUUGAAGGUAAUUGGGUUGAUGACGAAGGAGUGGUUACCAGACCAAAAAGGUCACUCAAAAUCAUCCUAGUGGAAUCUAAAGAUGACGAAGAUAAGAAUAACUAAAUUUAAACUAAGUUGAAUUUUAUUCGACUAUUGAAAAACUCUAUUUGACAUAAAUUAUAAUAUAAUA